AUGUCCCUCCCCGGGAUGCUGCAGCCACCGAGAGCCACCAGCCCCGAGGGUCCCGGCCCUGGGGGUACCAACCCCCACCCCCUCCCGGCCGGUCCCUUGUGCCCCCAUCGGCUCCAAAAUGUCCAAGAUGGCCGCUGUCCGGAGGAAGUUCCCUUUCCCUUUAAAUGCAAAUCCCGGGCUCUGCGGACGGUGUCCCGGGCGGGGGGCGUCCGGCAGGCUCGGGGUGUCCGGUGGGAUCGGGGCGUCCCUCGGGUCCCGGAGGCCGGAGCGGGUCCCGGUCCCGGUCCUGGUCCCGGUGCCGGUGCCGGUGCCGCCGCCCCCGCCGCGGCCAUGGAGGAGCGCAGGAAGAAGCGGAGCCCGCAGAGCUGCCUGGCCCAGCCGCCGCCCGCCGGGGCCCCGCGGCCGCUGCCCCCGAGCAAGAGCGCGUCCUUCGCGCUGCCGCUGCCCGCGCUGCCCUCGCCCCGGCAGCGGCCGCGGCCCCGCCGGGCCAGCAAGGAGCGGGCGCGGGCGGGCGCGGGGGGCUCCCGGGGGGCGCCGCUGCAGCACAGCUUCCUCACGGAUGUGUCCGACGUGUGCGAGAUGGAGCGGGGGCUGCUCAGCCUCCUCAGCGACUUCCACUCGGGAAAGCUGCAGGCGUUCGGGAAGGAAUGCUCCUUCGAGCAGCUGGAGCACGUGCGGGAGAUGCAGGAGAAGCUGGCGCGGCUGCACUUCGGGCUGGACGUGUGCGUGGAGGAGCUCCCCGAGGAGCAGAAGAAGGCGGCGGCCGACAGGAACCUGGACCAGCUGCUGGCACACCUGGAAGAGCUCAGCAGCUCCAUACAGAAGCUGCACCUGGCCGAGAGCUCGGACCCCGAGGACGCGGGGCCCUGACCCCGGCCCUGUCCCCGUCCCCGCCACCCCCGGGACCCCCGCGCGGGCCCGCCCGGGCCCCUGGCCCCGCCAUGGCGGCGGCGGUCGCAGCCCGAUGACGUCAGCAGGCGGC